AUGAAAAUGAGAAUUUUGUUACUCUUAGCAGUAGUUGCUAUAGCCAGUUCAGCUCCCCAGAAGCCGGAUAAUCAGGUCAUAGCUAUACUGAAACAGGAAUUCGAUCAGCAGCCUGAUGGAUCUUAUGUAUACAGCUACGAAACCGAAAAUGGCAUUAAAGCUGAAGAGACAGGAACUUUGAAGAAGGCCAGUAGUCCAGAUACCAGUGAUGUUAUUGUAGCUCAGGGUGGAUUUAGUUACACCGCUCCAGAUGGUACUGUGAUAAAUCUGAACUACAUCGCUGACGAUGAGAAUGGUUUUAAGCCUGAGGGUGCCCAUUUACCAACACCUCCUCCGAUUCCACCGGCAAUCCAGAAGGCCUUGGACUACUUGGCUACCCUACCACCUCCACCACCCUCGAGAAAUUAA